AUGGCUGCUCUGCCACGUGCGCUGAUCCUUCUGGGUCUCUGCUACCUCAGCAGCUCCGAAGACGCCCGGUGCGAUGAUGCCAGGUGUUCGGGAGCUGCCGAUGACACAGGCCUUCUUCAGGGAAGCCGGCGCCUCGCAGAAGCGCAGCGCGCGGAGUUCCCGAGCCCCAAAGACAUGUACAACGCGCUCGAGGACUUGGGCGACGAGGCCGUGAAGAAACUGAAGGACAGGGCCGAGGAUCAUUGGAAGCAUUAUCUGAAAGUAGCCAGAGAUGCGAAAGAUCAGGCCGAGAUCGCGGCAGACGUUGCUAUAAAGGCUCGAAAUGCUGCACGAAAGUAUGGCUCAGAGGCCUUGGAGAAAUCGGCCGAUGUGAUCCAGAAGGUACUUGCAGAUGCUAUAGCUUUCAAGUGUGAUCUCUUGACAAGGGUUGCUGAGACAAUCCUGGAGAGUCUGACGAGUUGGUGGUCGAGCGGCACUAUCGACAAGAAGGCGUGCAAGCAGAUGAAAAGUCAGUCAGAAAAGACUUGUAAGCUAGCACGGCUUUGGCCCCAGGAGCACUGGGAGGAUUGGAUUGUCGAUCUGUGCGUCAACGGAAGCAAAACCGCCAUCGAUUGGACCUGCGACGAAGUCAAAGAUCUGUUUCACCAGACGGCCGUGGACAUCCGCAACCACAUGGGCGCCGCCAGCUUGGGAUGUUCGGGGGCAUCGUGGCCCUUCCUCUAUGAGACAGCUUUGCCCCAGGGGAGCCGACGCCUCCUCUCCAGCCGAAGCAGUGAGCGCCCUGCGCGCAGCAGACUUGACAUCUUCGACGACAUCGGAAAGGCUUAUUGGCUGUAA